AUGAUUGAGGGAAUGGUGAAGGAUGGUGUUAUUGAACCUUCAUCUAGUCCAUGGUGUUCACCUGUGGUGCUGGUAAAGAAGAAGGACGGCAGCAUGCGGUUUUGUGUUGACUACCGCCGCCUGAACGACGUUACGAAGAAGGACAGCUAUCCCUUGCCUAGAAUUGAUGACACGCUGGACAUGCUCACAGGCGUAAAGUGGUUUAGUACGCUGGACCUGAAAAGUGGCUACUGGCAGGUUGAAAUUGAGCCUAAGGACAAGGAGAAAACUGCAUUUUCCACAGGAAAGGGUCUGUGGCAAUUUAAAGUUAUGCCGUUUGGAUUGUGCAAUGCUCCAGCAACGUUUGAAAGAUUGAUGGAACUUGUACUUACCGGGCUAAUUGGAGAUGCCUGUCUGGUCUAUUUGGAUGACAUCAUCAUCGUAGGCCGUACGUUUGAGGAACACCUUCAAAACCUGGAACGCGUGCUCAUGAAGAUCCAGAGUGCCAACCUCAAGUUGAGUCCAAAGAAGUGCUCACUAUUCAAACGGCAAGUUAGUUUUUUGGGGUAUGUAGUGUCGGAAGAAGGUAUCCGCACGGAUCCAGAGAAAAUUGCUGCUGUCAAGGAGUGGCCGGUCCCAAAAGACAAGACACAGGUUAGAGCAUUUUUGGGUUUGUGCUAUUAUCGGCGAUUUGUGAAGAACUUUGCAGAUAUAGCCAAACCUCUGCACAAGCUAACCGAGGAGAAGCGACAAUUCUGCUGGGAUGAAAGUUGCGAUAUUGCAUUCCAGGAGCUCAAGAACCGCCUGUGCAAAACACCUAUUUUGGGGUACCCUGAUGCGGGCAAGGAAUUCAUAGUUGACACAGACGCAAGUGAUAUAGGACUUGGCGGUGUGUUGUCUCAACGGAAUGGUGAUCAAGAGAUUGUGAUAGCGUACUUCAGCAAGUCGUUGUCAAAGCCGGAAAGGAACUAUUGUGUCACAAGACGGGAAUUGCUUGCUGUGGUAAAGUCCUUGCAGCAUUUUAGCAAAUAUCUUCUAGGGCGGAAAUUCCACUUACGAACUGACCAUGCUGCACUGAAAUGGCUAUUGCAGUUCAAAAAUCCGGAAGGACAAGUUGCGAGAUGGAUAGAACUACUGCAGGAAUACGACUUUGUGAUCGAACAUCGCAGCGGGAAAUCUCAUGGCAAUGCAGAUGCAUUGUCAAGAAGACCUUGCCCUGAAGAUUGCAAGCAUUGUACUAGGCAAGAGGGUAAGGAAGUGGUAUCUGUGAGAAUGCUCAGGACAGACCAGCUCAGCAAUGAGUGGAAGGACAGCCUACAGCAUGCACAGCAGGAAGAUUCGGACAUUAAGCCGAUUCUGGAAUGGAUGAAGGCCAGUGCUCCUAAGCCCAAGUGGAGCGACGUCUCAGCAAUGAGUUCGACCACAAAAAGCUAUUGGGCCCAAUGGGACAGCUUGCUGAUUCAGGAUGGAGUCCUGUGCCGUAAAUGGGAAAAUGGUCGGGGAGACAGGUGUCAUUUGCAAAUGGUUGUCCCUAAGGCUAAAGUGCCGGAUAUUCUACAGAUGUACCAUAGUGGUUGUUCAGGAGGCCACCUGGGAGUUAAACGAACUCUCCUGAAGAUCCGAGAACGGUUUUACUGGGUCCACUGUCGUGACGAUGUCGAGGACUGGUGCCGCAAAUGUACAAGUUGUGCGGCUGUAAAGGGACCUCAAAUUCGUAGUAGAGGCGCAUUGAAAUUGUACAAUGUUGGUGCACCAUGGGAGAGGAUAGCCAUUGACGUUGCGGGGCCGUUUCCAGAAACUGAAAGUGGUAACAAAUAUUUCAUGGUAGUGAUGGAUUACUUCACUAAGUAG